AUGUCUGAUAAUGAUUAUGAGAAGCAAAGAAAUGAAGCACUUCUAUAUUCAGACUUCCCACCACCACCAACCCUACACAACCCGCUGUACCAGGUUACACCGUGUCCCCCAAAUUUCCAGUCAUCUCAAGAGCAAGCACCUAACCCUUAUGCUAGAGUUCACUAUCCACUCUAUAACAGCCCUGGGUAUUCACAGUAUCCCCAUGUUUAUCACCCAACCGAGGCUGCGCGAAGCGCUCAACCGGCGCAAGAUUUUUUUUCCAACUCACAUUCCAACGCCUCAUCUUCAAUUUUAGGAUUACAUGACCAAUACAGUCACGGAGCCAUGCCGCAGUAUGAGCAACAUACAAUACCGCCACCACAUCCUUCUCAGGUGGCAAGGCAAUUUCCAUGGGAAGGGGGGCUUUGUGCUCCCGAGCUCUCGACGGUGUGGCCCCCACGACUUGAGCCCACGGCCGAUGAGACCGGUAAUGAGCCCCAGGCCCCUCCCCCCCCCAGCGAGCCCCCCUUUCCACUUCCACCCACCAGCACCAUUUUUAAACGCCACCCCCCGAAGUGCCCCCACGAGCCGCCCCCCUCAUUACGGCAAUCCCAGCCCAUUGAGUUUGUCAAGGGGUCUCCGCAGUACACCCAACAGCUGGUUCUUCUCUUUGCGGCCUCCUUCUUUGGGAUGGUUCCUCUUCUGUCGUACUUUUCACUGGCGACGUUGCUUUGUUGCGCGGUUUGCACCUACUUGUUGGAUUAUCUGGGGUUUACCCGUAGCACAAUUGCGGCACUUUUUGUAACCGCUUUACUUUUCAGCAUCGCUCUUUUUCUGUCGAAUUUGCACACACUAUCUACCAGCAUUGGGCCUAUUUUCAUGAUUCUGGACGUUGGUGCGUUGUUGGCGUUAGCCACAGCAGCAGUGGCUUUGCAUUUUCGCUAUUUGCAGGAGAACUACCCUGAGUUUAUUUGUGUACUGGAUCGUAUCGUUAUGGGUCUAGCACCAAUUCUGGCACUUCCCUUUCUUCUUACUAGCAUCAUCGCGCUUGGAGGCUCACGUCGCGCACCUUUGUGGCUUUUGGUAGUGAUGUGUAUCGAAAGCUAUUAUUUUUAUUGUCCAAUCAACAGCAUCUUUACCUGUGCUCGUCAGCUUGUAAUGGAGCCUCAUAAGGAUUCUGCGUCUAGUACUAGAGAGUAUUUACCUGAUAAAAGCAAGGCUUCUUACAACAACAGAUAUAUCAACGAGAAAGCAAACGAGGACAUCACUGAUCAAACGGAUUUGGUGACUGUUCAGCUGAAUGAACGGAUAGAAUCAAUUGUAUUUACGUUUCUGCUUCUCACGCUUCCCAUUGCAGUAUAUGUGACCUUACAGAGCAACUUUUUUGACAAUUUUAUUCCAAACGUAUUUAACUGUUUUGGCUUGCUAUGCAGCGGCGUGGGGUAUCUUUGUGCAUUCCCAACUCGCACCUUUUGGUUUCUCGUGCCCGAGAAUGCAAAAAAUGAAGACGACGAUUACCAGCGUCUUGCAUAUGAUCCAUACGGCCUAGAACUUCUUAUUAGUAUGCACCGUUUCAAAAUCGUAGUCUUUGUUUGCAUUUCAGUAAUCAACUGGAUGGCAUAUCGCCUCGUUCGCUGUCGCUAUAGAUAUUUGUUUGAUGGUAUACCAUAUCCAUUUAACUUUAUCGUGCUACUCCUUGCUCUGUACAUCUUGCUGUAUGCGAUUAUUCAAACUAAGUUCUUGCUUGAUGCAGAUUCCGCAGGUGAAAACAAACAGGUAAAUCAUUUCUCAAGGCAGCGUAUUUCUACGGUUCUUAGUGUUGUGAUUGUCACGUUGCUUUUUUGCUUGCUGAUGGAUGCUCCUGGAGUUUUUUACUUUCUAGGGGCAUUGGGUGUUCUUGGAUUCAAUAUGUUUUUAAUGGAUCGCAGUGCGGGUGGUCCGAUAGCUUAUUAUAUAGUCUUCUCGAGUUUAUUGCUGUUGUGGUGGAUGUACCGUACAUUUUCUUUUGUAGUAUUAGAUUUGCAUGUUCUCGGGAGCUCUGCAAUAGUGUCAACUUCGGCGGUUGCGAUUGGCGUGUUGUUCAGUCACAUUCUAGGCUGGGUAAGCUUUGCCUUUUCAUUCCAAAAUAACAUUGUCUUACUAACGAUCUUUCUCUCUCUACACGCUACCGAGGUAUCGUUUGUGGAGGAGGUGCUAUAUUCCCAAAAAGAAGAAGGAUCCUAUCCUGCGGUACUGGUAGCAUUUACAAGCGGUGUGGGUAUCUAUAUGACUUGGAGCCUGUACAAGAACGAAGUUUUAACUCUCGCACCAUCCGCUUUUUUAGCCUCGUUUUACGUUGCUAAGGGGUUCGUGUUUCUCGUCGAGGUAACAGGUUCUUACUAUGAAGCCGAUAUGGAAUGGAAUUCGUAUUUUUUAACCAUUAGCGCAAUUGAGAUAAACGCCGGAUGGGUAGUAGCCCUCUUUGCUAGCUAUAUUGUCGCCAUCUUCGAGAUUCAAGGGAGACUAGGUGUUAGAGUGAGAAACGCAAAGUUGUUCAUCUGUAGUUAUACAAUAGCUGCGGGACUUCUGUCUCUUUUAACCAUUCGCAACCUCCAGCGGGCGGUAUACGAAUUCGUCACCCGAAGCUAUAUAGGUGUUGACGAUCUGCUGCACAUCGCGUUCGGUACUGGUCUCUCGACAUUUUGCCUUUUAACGCUAUGUUUCUUUUCUCGACAUAAAGCUCGCUACGAUUUUCUCAUACAUCUGGUGCCUCUAAUGAGCUUCAGCGGGAUUGUUGGAGUUCUGAUGUUGGUGGUACAGCCCACGCGCAUCACCGAUUACCGUAGUUUGUCCUCCGACUAUAAAUUAUACGCUGCAGAUAGAGGACAAUACGCCACGGCGUUGGGUAUUUUAUUAUUAAUUCUUGGAUUUUACGUACCUUUAUGGAAGCUGUCGGAGGUGCCGCGCGGUUUGUACUGGGGCGGUACUGCCCUUGUACUGUCUUUUGGAAUUAUCACUACUCUACUUCCGAUUUCCACAGUACCUCUCUUCUGCACCGUUAGCUUGGUGAUGUUUUUUGAUCUUAUUGUUUUGGAUUUUGCACAUUAUCGGCGUUUGGAGUCCAUAGAGAUCUGGGUUUUAUAUGCACUUUCUAUUUGUGGAAUCAUCGCGUCCUUUAUCACCCUUCGUCGUGUGAAGCUUCUCCAGGCCAUCGGGGGAGAUGUGUCCCUGGCGUUGGUGAUUCACGAAGAGGCUCGUACACGGUUUUUGUCUAUCAUGGCUGUUAUAAACUUAUUUCUUGUCAUUUUACUCAGGGCGCGUCUGAGUGGGAGACCGCUACUUUCAGGUUGUACACCGCUAAGGCCAUUUAUUGUCAGUCAACUCAGUGUUUUGUGCAAUGGUGCGGUCCUGUUUACCGUUGGCAUUCUGUAUUUGCUGAACUUCUUGUGCAAUAACGGUGAAUCUAGUUUCUACGUGUCCUGCUCAUUGUUGUUAGCGCUGCUUGUAGAUGAAAAAAACACUAUCAGCAAAAUCCAAAGGGUCCGCUUCUCGUACUUUUUCAUGAUCAGUUCCAUGCUUACCGUUCUGUGGCUGUCUUUCCUUUCUGAAGGAUGGAAGGCUGAUAAUGGCUUUGGUGGUAUUAUUAAGCUAAUGGUUAGUACUUUGAUAUUUUCAUUCCCAUUACUCUUAUCGCAGGCGAGCUUAUUAGCGCGUUUCUGGUAUUUUCGCGGAACACGCUAUGCUCACUUUAAGGACUCCCGGUUUGGUUAUGGGGUUGUAUUAAUUAUGGUGAUGAUAAACACCUUAGCGCUUGUUUUUACAUCCUGUAGGAGGAUUCAGUGGAUGUGCAUCGUGACUAUUUGUGGUGAAGCUAUGCUUGUGAUCAGGAGCCGUCACCUGCAUUCAAAAAUCUAA